AUGACACUUGCAAAACAUUGGGUUUACAAUAAAGAUGAAGAUAUCGUUUUAUCAAAUUUAAAAGGUUUAUGCUACUCCAAUCCAACUUUGGGCCUUAUAUCUAGCGAGAAAGUAGUAUUCAAUACUAAAUCAGACACUAAAUCAAAAGUGUGCAUUGUCAGUGGAGGUGGUGCUGGACAUGAACCGUUACAUGGUGGUUAUGUCGGAGAGAACCUCUUAGAUGCUGCUGUUAGUGGAUCAAUCUUUGCUUCUCCUUCCACGAAACAAAUCAUGGCUGCAAUCAAGACUAAGGCCAAUAAGGAAAAGGGAACUUUGAUUGUUGUCAAGAAUUAUACCGGUGACAUUUUACAUUUCGGGCUAGUUGUAGAGAGAGCUAAGAGUGAAGGAUAUAAAGUAGAGAUGUUGGCUGUGACAGAUGAUGUUGCCGUGGGAAGAAAACAAAACGCCAUGGUAGGAAGAAGAGGGUUGGCCGGAACAGCUAUAGUCCAUAAAAUCGUUGGUGGAAGUAGCAAAGACUUCGAAUUAUCAGAUGUCAGUAAAUUAGGUCGUUCCAUUAAUGAUUCGUUGGUGACUUUAAGUGCUGCUUUAGAUAGAACAUCAGUUCCUGGUAAGUCAAGCGAAGAAUUGGAGUUCACUGGAGAUAACGCCGCAGAGUUAGGGUUAGGUAUUCAUAAUGAACCUGGUACCAAGAUUUCGCCAAUUCCCAACAUUGAUAAUUUGAUCAAGGAUAUGUUUCAUAAACUAUUAUCUCCUGAUGAUGAAGAUCGCCACUAUGUUGAUUUCCAAGAAUCCGAUGAUACCGUAUUGGUAAUCAAUAAUAUUGGAGGUACGUCUUCUUUGGAGUUAUAUGCUAUCACUGAACAUGUGAUGAAUAAUUGGCCUUUGAAAAAUCGUCCAUCGAGAGUCUUGAUCAGUGAUUUCGUCACUUCUUUGAAUUCUCCAGGAUUUUCCAUCACUUUAUUGAACUUGACGAAGUCUUCAAAAGAAUCGGGCAUUGAUAAGUCGAAAAUCAUAGAAUAUCUCGAUUUACCAACUAAUGCACCUGGUUGGAAACCAAAAUCUUAUGCUCCAGAGGUAUGGGGUACUCAAUUGAAUUCUAUUGAAUCUCCUAUGAAUCAUGUUUCUGACGUGAAAUCCGACUUGAAGUUCGAUGGAUCUGAAUUUGAAUCUUCCAUUAAUAAAGCAUUGAAGAAAUUGAUCGAAGAGGAACCAAAAAUCACUCACUUCGAUACUUUAGUAGGUGACGGUGAUUGUGGGGAAACUCUAGUAAAUGGAGCCCAAGGUAUUUUGAAGGCUUAUAAAGAUAAUGAAAUCAAGUUUGCUAAUGAUCCUGUUUAUGUGUUGUCAAAAUUUACCGAGGCUGUGGAAGACAGUAUGGGAGGAACUUCGGGAGGUAUUUAUUCUAUAUAUUUAACUGCUUUGGUGCACCAACUCCAACAAAUUAAGGAAUUUGAUACACCAAGCAUUGCACAAGCUUUGCAUUCUGCUUUGUAUGACGGACUCUUCAAAUACACUAAAGCAAGAGUUGGAGGUAGAACUUUGGUUGAUACUUUACAACCAUUUGUCGAUACUUUGAAAGAAACCAAUGAUAUUCAAAAGGCAAUCAAGUCUGCCAAAGAUGGAUGUGAAAGCACUAAAAAAUUACAAGCUAAAUUCGGUAGAGCUAGCUAUGUAGACGAGAAAGAAUUCGAAGCCGAGGGAGGAAUCCCUGACCCAGGAGCUGUAGGGUUAUUGGCCAUUAUAGAGGGAUUUUUUUCUUAA